UUUCGAUAAAUAUUUGUUACAUUUUAUAGAUUCGCCGUUAAAUAUCAGUUCUGGUAUGCAGUGAUUACAAAUGCUUUAUAAUUGAUUGCCUAAGCAUGACGUUGGGGACACCUUCGGACGUUCCUGCGGAGCAAGUGCACUCUAAAAGCAUCAUCGUCAUCCAUCCGGGUUCGUUGAAUUUGCGGAUCGGCCGGGCUUCGGAUUUGAACCCGUUGACGACGCUGCACGCCAUAGCGCGCAGGAGACUAACCGGCGGUUUCCAAUACAGGGACAGCUUCUUACCGGAACGGGUGGAUCUCAGCCAACUUCCCGAAUUGGAAGAGGCCCGAUUGGCUGUUUCGCAUACCCUACAAUCCUGCUUGCAGUCCGACGGAAGGAGGAGGUAUGCUACUCCACCGCAACAAAUCGCUGCGUUCAAUCGGCGGUCUCAGCCAGAACUGGUUAGUGACAGCGGAGGUGAAUGGGUGAAACCCGAAGGGGAUGUAGUUAUAGGUAACGACAUCUUGAGGCUGGAUCCGAAGCAAGACUUUAACAUCCAUUUUCCAUACAAACGUGGAGACCUCAACGUACAUUCGGAAGCAGGCGGUUCGUUAACGGCUAUAAUGGCAGACGUGGAGGCUAUAUGGACUUACGUAUUAGAAAUGAACUUGCAUAUAAACAAAAGCGAAUUGAAGAAUUACAAAGCAGUUCUGGUAAUACCGGACGUGUACAAUCGAACGUACCUCAGGGAACUGAUGUAUUUGUUGCUGAGCAAAAUGGGAUUCGGGCAGUGUUUUUUGGUACAAGAUCACGUCGCUGCGACCUUCGGUUCCGGCCUAAGCUACGCCUGUGUAGUCGAUGUCGGGGAUCAGAAAACGUCCGUUUCCUGCGUCGAAGACGGAAUAUGCCAUCCGAAUACAAGAGUUCGGCUCGAGUACGGCGGAGGCGACAUAACGCAAAUAUUCUUCUGGUUGUUGCAAAAGUGCGCGUUCCCUUACAAAGAGUGCAACGACAAGAACAAGCUGGACACCAUGUUGCUCAGGAAAUUGAAAGAGGACUUCUGCCACGUGAACUUGGACGUGUGCGGGUCGCAGGAGAAAUCGUUCGUGCUGAAGCAACCCGACAUGGCCGUCUACCAUUUCACGAUACAGGUCGGCGACGAGUGCAUCAUCGCCCCGUUGAGCCUGUUCAGUCCCGAAUUGUUCGCCAUAACGGGCGCCAAGUCGAUUCAAACGCAGAAGAUUUCGACGGGCGAUCCGGGGGAUCCGCACGACGACAUCUACCUGCGGGACAUACGUAAGAAAGGCAUCAAGGAGAGCCUGGAUACGGCUAACGCGGAUCUAUUGAGCGAUACGUAUCUGGAUAACCAGCAAAAUAAUUCGAACGAGGAUGAUAUAGUGGUGGAUGCGAUGGAUCCGGUCGCUCCGGCGUCCGUUAGAGAAUUCGUGACGAAUCCAGGACAGAUUCUGGGUUUGGACCAAGCGGUGCUUCAGAGCAUCGAUAGGUGUCCCAAUGAGGAGAUCAAGAGGAAGAUGUACGGUUGUAUUUUGGUCGUUGGUGGUGGAAUGAAAUUCUCAGGUAUCGGUACUUGGUUACAAAAUAGGAUAUCGCUUCAAAUACCGUAUUUGUAUCGAGCGGAACAACUGGAUAUAGUGACGAAUCCUAGAGAUAUGGAUCCGGCGAUGGUGGCCUGGAAAGGUGCUUGCAUCAUGUCUUGCUUGGAAACGGCCCACGAGCUGUGGAUUCAAGCGGAAGAAUGGGAGAAAUUCGGCGUUCGCGUUCUAAGAGAACGGGCUCCUUUUACUUGGUAAUUUUUUCAUAUAGGGGGCGUUGCAGACUGAUUAGAUGUGUCAAGUACAGAGGUAAGUACUGGCUUGAUUUACUUGAAUAAGGAAAUCUCGAUAUGAAUUCCAUAUUUGAAGAAAACGUAUUACUUCGGAGUUUUUGCUUUAAGUUGAUUUUGGUAAACACACUUUCGAUCUCAAAAAAAU